CACCCAUCCCUGCCCCCGCUCCACGUCCGCCAGCAUGCCGUACGCGCCGCGCGCCACGACCGUCGGCGGCAGCAUCGGAAGCGCCGCCACCGGCGCGCCGCAAGCGCCCGCCGAGACGCUGCCCAUCGGCGAGCAGCUCAUGCACGUCGACCAAGCCAUCACCCUCACGCUGCAGGAGAUCGACGCCAACUUUGCACGCGCACACCAGUGUGUCACCGGCCGCAUCCUGCCCGCCGUCAAGCACUACGGCGUCGCCAGCGCGCGCACAUGGCAGGGCGCUCGCGUGAGUAGCGAGAGGCAGGAGCGGUCACGCUGGCACGAGGCGUGCGCACCCGCAGAUGCACACGCCCUGCCUGCGCCUCGCGGCGGCCCGCAUGUAUGCUGACACUGUUCCACAGUUCUGGAAGCACUUCUUCGAGGUCAGCGCCAAUGUCUCUCUCACGACGCCCUCGGGCGAUGCAGACGCCGAGACCGCUGCUGCGGGCGAGGCGUCCGCGCUCGGCACGUCAACCUACGACGUCGACACGUCGCGCGACUACGCCGACGAGUCUGCCGCAGGCGCUACGCCGCGCGCUGCUCCACGCUCUGCGGGCGCAAAGGCAGGCGAUGCCGGCGGCGCUGGCGAUGAAACGUCGCAGCUGGAGGACAUCGGCGAUGACUCCGAUGAUCUCGAUCACUCGGGCUUCUUCCAGUCGCUGCGCCACGCCAAGGCCUCCUCGCCCGCAGCACGCGGCAGUAACGCACGGCAAGGCGGUGCAGAUGACACCGGCGCCUCGUGGGCGCCCGUCGAGAGCCCCUUCGAGCGGCUUAAGAAAGAUGUCGAGUCGCAGCUCGGCUCGCGAGGCGACGUGACGGAGAGCAGCGUCAUUCUCGAGUCGCACCGAGCCCAGCGCGAACGUGCCAUGCGCGGCGAGACAGAGCAGGUGCGGCGCGGCAUCGAGGCGCUGCACACCGGCAUUGAAGGCAGCAGCUCGCUGGCAGAGCCGCCAGAGAUGUCGGCGCGUCCCUCUGCCGCCGCGGCGCCUGAGGCUGCCCGGCGGACGCCGAAGAAGAGCACGCCGCUGCUGCGCAGGGUGCUUGCCAACGAACAGCGGCGUGCCAGCCCCGGCGGCCCCAUUCCGCGCGUCACUGCGACGCCUCGCGGCGCGGCCAAGCGCGGCAACCCCUUCGGCCCGGCAAGCGCGCGUGCGCAGGCUUCGUCGCCUGCGAUGGAGCCGCCCAUGUCUGUGCGCCGGUGGGACGGCAUCGCCGAUCUGCGCAAGACGCCCCUGGCAUCAGCGCGCAAGAUUCGCAGCAAGGCUGCGGGCACCGCCAAGGGCGACAAGGCGCAGAAGGGCGCCAAGCCGGACGACUGGGACGACAGCGAUUCUGAUGAUGAGGCGAGCCUUGCCUGGCCCGCGGGCAUGAGUCCGCCUGUCACUAUGCGCUUCAGCGUGCCGCAGAGCCGCUACCACAAGACACCGGCAAAGGAGGCGGCACGUCUGGUAGUUGACGACCUCCUUCGGACCGUCGGAGCUGGCUCGCCCGCGCAAUUCGACCUUGGUGUUGCGCCGAGCGUGACGCGGACCGCGACGGCUAAGGGCGGCCGGCCGUCGCUGGUCGGGACGCCGCUGCGCAAGGGCCCUGUCGCCAAGGCACGCGGCUCGCACGCCAACAAGCGGCGCGACUCGUUGCCCACGCCGCCGACGCUCACGCGCAGCCACCAGCCGCCGCCGGGUGCUGCUGCAUCGUCGACCACGCCCUCUGCGCCGCCGCGUGCCGGCUCGAAUGUGCCGGGAAGCGCGUCCACAGCUGGCGGAAGUGCAGGCAAGGGCAAGCCGAGCAGCGCGGCGCGGCUGAUGGACGAAGACGAGGGACUGGAGGACGAUGAUGUGCCCCAGGACCUCGGCACUGGUCUGAGCCGUGUGGCACUGCAGAAGACGCCGGCCGAGAUGGAUGCGCUGCUGGCUGUGCAAGACGACGACUCUGAGAGCGACGACUCAUCCUCGGACGACGACGAUGACGACGAGGCAGGCGUCGGCAGCGCGCUUGGCAGCUCUGCGCGCGGCGAGGCGUCGGGCGCCUACUCCAUCUCGCAGGGAUGGACGGCCAGCUCGAUCUCCUCUGCGGCCUCCGCCUCCGCGUCUGGCGCAUCCUCGCGCGCUCGCACCAUUGACCAGGACACACUCUUCGGCAUCCGACCGCCGGCACCGCGCGCCCCUGCGGCGCCGGCACCUGCUGCUGCCAGCGGCGCUGCUGCCGGCGCGGGCAAGGAUGGCUUCCGGCCCUGGGGCCACGUCGACGAGAUGGGCACCGUUCACGGCGGCCGUCCGCUGCUCGACGAGCGCGACAACACCUACAGCGCCCCGUCGCCGACGCCUGCGACUCGCGAGUAGCGAUCGGCCAGUCCUGUCCUGCCUCGCCAGCGGGCCCGACCUCGGCGCAUUCUCCCUGCCGCGCGGGCCCUUUCUCCUUCGCAGCUGCCCCUUAGAGAGCGCCGAGCAUUGCCCGUACCCUCUCUGCGCUCUGCUCUCUGCCAUGUACGAUCAGCUCCUUCUCCUGCUCGCAGUGCUAUGUAUGUGCCUCG